GCAGAUACCGGCGCCGCGGGACGGAAGCCAGCGGGAUCGGAGCCGCGCGGAUGGCCGGGGCGAGCGAGGUCUGAGCUCCGCUCGCUGAGACGUGACCAUGUGGAUUCAACAGCUUCUAGGACUCAGUUCCAUGUCCCUCCGCUGGCCGGGCUGCGCGCUGGGAAGCCAUGCCUGGAUCCUGAUCGCCAUGUUUCAGCUCGCCAUGGACCUGCCCGCCUGCGAGGCGCUGGGCCCCGGCCCCGAGUUCCGGCUGCUGCCCCGGCCCUCGCCCCGGCCGCCCCGCCUGUGGAGUUUUAAGAGUGGACAGCCGGCCCGGACCCCCGCGCCCGUGUGGAGCCCCCGCCCUGCCCGCGUGGAGCGCAGUCACGGGCAGAUGCCGAGUCCCCGCGCCAAACGGGCGCACAGACCCCGGGACCAGGUGGCCGCCCUGGGGCCCAAAGGGGGGCUCGCCAAGACCCCGGCCGCUGCCAAACCCAGCCCUUCCCUGGGCCCUGCGCCCUCCUCGGCGUCGCCCCCCGUGGGCAGUGGGGCCCUCACGGACCAGCAGGCCCUGCUGAGGAGGGGCCGGAGGCAGCUGCCCGCCGCGUUCAACAGCUUCGAUCUGCACCUCCGCGGCAGCAGGCCCACCACGGAGGCCGAGUUCAUCGCGUGGGGGCCCACGGGGGAGGAGGAGGCCCUGGCGGCCAACACGAUUCCCGACGGCCCCACCACCGUCUCCUACUUCCAGACGCGGAAGACCACCGUGGCCGUGGCCACCACCGCCGCCACGGCCACCACGGCCACCGCCCUGACGCUGCAGACCAGGGGGGUCACCGCGCCCCUGGACCCCAGGAACAGGGUCCCGGCUGGGCUCAGCACCACGGAGCCUUCCACCAGUCCCAGCAGAGACAGCGGCAGAGACACCAAGCCCCCGCGGAUUCUGGGGGAGACCUCAGGCCUGGCCGUCCAUCAGAUCGUCACCAUCACCGUCUCCCUCAUCAUGGUCAUAGCUGCUCUGAUCACAACUCUUGUCUUAAAAAACUGCUGCGCGCAGAGCGGGCACCCCCGCAGGAACGGCCGCCCGCGGAAGAUGGACCAGCAGGAGGAGAGCUGCCAGAACCUGACGGACUUCCCGCCGGCGCGCGUGCCCAGCAGCCUGGACAUCUUCACGGCCUACAGCGAGGGCCUGCAGUGCUCCCACGAGUGCGUGCGCGCCUCCGUGCCCGCCUACGCCGACGAGACGCUGCGCUCCGUGGGCGAGUACAAGUCCACGUUCAACGGGAACCGGCCCUCCUCUUCGGAUCGGCACCUCAUUCCCGUGGCCUUCGUGUCUGAGAAGUGGUUCGAGAUCUCCUGCUGACUGGCAAAGCCUUUUUUACCUCCUGGGGGCAGGGCGGACGCCGUGUGUCUGUGUCACGGAUCCCGUGGGUGAACCUGUAAAAAACUCAACUACACUGACAAACCCAAAACUACACUAUGUGAGGGAGGCUCACGCACUCCCACCGCUGUGUGCCGGCGGGGACUCGGAGCAGGACGCCAGAGGCCAAAUAUAUUUUUAUAGAGAAGCUCGCGCCUACGGGGCUGCCCUCCCCCAGCACCAGAGGACGAGGGGAGAACGCCAGCCGGACCGGAGGCCGAGGCAGCAGGCCCAGCGCAGAAGCGGACGCCCCCGGGGAGGCGGGCGCUGUCCACGCUUCUGACUGUGCCGACAAUACCGUUAUGUGCCAUGCAGGACCCGAGGGACCUGGUGAACCGCCGAGCCACGCGCGCCCGCGUGGGAAUCUCACGGGAAGCAGGGCUGGGCAUCCCUUCCGCAGAGUCACUGUUUCUGGGGAAUAUCGAUGUAUAUAAAUAUAUAAACACACACACACA